AUGCUGCUCUUUUGCCAGGGCUGUGGGAAUGGGCUCAUUGUGGAGGGACAGCACUGCUGCUGUUUUGCCUGCAACACUUGCCACAACCUGCACAGCAUCCCUGGUGAAGUAACAAACGGGAAGUAUCCAAAGCUGGAAGAAGUGGAUGACUUGCUAGGUGGAGCAGCUGCCAGGGAGAACGUGGACUCUACUGCGGAGCCAUGUCCCAGAUGUGAACAUCCUCAUGCCUUCUGCAUGCAGCUUCAGACCUGCGCUGCAGACCAGCCAAUGACUACCUUCUAUGAGUGCUGCAAUGCGCGGUGUGGGCACUGCUGGAGGGACUAGAGCAAACUGGUCCAGCUGUGUGGCGUCUGUUUACCUUAUUCCCCAGAGUGGAUUUCCAGCGGGAGCCAGGUCUUGUGUCCUGAGGGUCUCUGCUGGCGUUGGUGGAAACAA